AUGAAAAUGGCAAAGGAUGAGAGCAAAGAUCAGGUGUUUUAUCUAAGCGAAAGCGAGUAUUGGUCAGAUAUCACUGAUGAUUACGUCCAACGAAUAGCUGAUAUGGAUCCAAAUGAAGUCUAUCCUUCAAAUAACCCAGGACCUACAAAACCCGACGGCUCUGUCAAUUUCGAGUGUCACUGUGUUGGUCACCUCGUAGCCAGUCCCUGUGGAUAUGAAUUUAGAGAAGCUAUUACUUGUCAAAAAGCUGCUACAGAAGAAGAGUUAGAGGCAGGAGCAUGUGCGGAUCAAUUAUUGGCAUUCAUGGAAUGUGCGAUGCGGACAAAAUGUUUCAAAAUGGCACCAAAAGACGAUGAAAGUGAGGAAAAAAGUAGUAGUUGA